AUGUUGGCUCCUGUUCCGAUGCAUGGUCAACAAAACGAUAUAUCUGAGGAUGAUUUCGCGGAAAUUAUCGAGAGCAGAGUGAACAAACAGGCAAAUGAUAGGGUGGAGUAUUACGUUCAUUAUGAAGGACUCAACCGACGGUUGGACGAAUGGGUCACAGCCGACAGGAUCGAUUUGCUGAGCUGCAGUCCGUCCAGUGAGCAGCAAAAGCAGGUGUUUGACGUUGUUUCAAACUCACCGGACAGCAACGAAGAAGAGACGAGAAAAAUAACGCGUAAUCAAAAGCGAAAGCAUGACGAAAUCAAUCACGUGCAACAGGCUUACGAUGACAUGGACCCGACCACGGCUGCGCUGGAAAAGGAGCACGAAGCGAUGACCAAAGUGAAGUAUAUCGACCGAGUUCAGUUUGGCAAGUACGAGAUGGACACAUGGUACUUCUCUCCGUAUCCGGAAGAUUACGGCAAGCAAUCGAAGCUGUACAUCUGUGAAUUCUGUUUCAAGUAUAUGAAGCUCCAGCGCACCUACCGUUAUCAUAUGGUGAGAACUAUAGGUUCUGUUCAGUAUUACUCCCUUGUUGGGAGUGCCCCUGAAGACCUUACCGCAUUCACUUCAUGCAGAUUGCAGUCGUUGGACAUUACUGUGUAUGGCAUUACGUUAAUGUGCAACACCAUAUGUUUUCAGACAGACUGCACCUGGAGGCGUCCUCCGGGACCAAAGAUUUACGCAAAAGAUUCGAUCGCUGUGUACGAAGUUAAUGCUGAGGACCACAAGUACGGUCGACUGUUCCAGGUAUUCUGUCAGAAUUUGUGUUUGCUUGCGAAACUGUUCUUGGACCACAAAACCCUGUACUUCGACGUAGGACCGUUCAUGUUUUACAUUCUGUGUGAAAUCGACCGCCAAGGAUCGCAUAUGGUUGGGUCUGAUGCGAGAACUCCUGAUUCGUCAAGUAGUGAACAUACAUUUUACUCAGAUGUUGUUUUUCAGGAAAAGGUGUCGCAGGAUGGCAACAAUUUGGCGUGCAUCAUGAUUCUUCCACCGUAUCAGCGUAAGGGUUACGGGAAGUUUUUGAUAAAUCUGAGUUACGAACUGUCCAAACUUGAGCACCGGAUUGGAUCGCCCGAAAAGCCUUUGUCAGACUUAGGGAAGCUCACCUAUCGAAGCUACUGGAGUUGGGCACUGUUGGAUAUUCUGCGCGAGACUAAAGAUUCAAUGUCGAUCAGAGAUCUCAGUAAGGUGACUGGUAUAGCCCACUGUGACAUUGUCGACACGUUGCAAUGGCUGAACAUGGCGAAAUACUGGAAAGGUAGGUACGUGCUGUACCUGACACCUAAGCUGAUCGACGAUUGCCUUCGAAGCGAGCUAUUCAAGCGGCCGGUGCUGACUGUCGACAAGGACUGUCUGCAAUGGCAGCCCGUGGAGACGUCCCCGAGUGAGAAUCGAAGAAGUCCCGAUCAGUAACG